AUGGUCAGUGUCUUCUCUGUCCUCACACCGGACAUCACAUCCCGCUUGCUCGGUCACUUCAUGGACGAAAGUCCAAGGUGGAUGUCAACCAGACAGGGGCCAAAAAGAGCCGAAUAUCUCGAAUAUCUUCACCCUGCUAUAUCCGCAAGUCCUCUAGUAUUAAAUUGCAUUCUCACGAUAGCCUCGGCGGACUUGCUCAAGUAUCGCCGCGGCGACUCGGAACUGCGGCACGUGGCUCUAGAGUACUACGGCAAAGCGAUAUCCAGCCUUCGAAACGAGAUUACCAACGAGAUGAGCGUGGCAUCUUCAAUCGACACACCUCUUACUGAUUAUAACUUGCUCGCUGUGCUCUUAUUAUGUCUACACGAGACCCAGAAUUUCACCGAAAGUGAGAGGAUACUGCCACAUUUAAACGCCGCUGUGCUUCUUUUGCAGAAUCGCAUCUGCCGCGGUAGUCUGCACUUGGACCUGCGUGGCUACCUAUAUGAAGUAUUUUGCUAUUUCUUCUCUCUGACUGCCUUCUCGCUUGGCCAUAAAUUAUCUCUCAUCCGGGCAUACGCUAUAUUCGAUUCCCCGUCCUUCAUUGGAAACAUCCACCACGGUCAUAUCAUGGGAUCUUGUCAGCGCCUAUUUACCACGAUAUUCCGCUUCUCCACAUUGACUCAAGCUCUGGCUUCAGAUGACCUCCAAUCGCAAUCAGCAGCCAGGUUCGAACUCUUGCAGAUGGACGAGGAACUACAAACUUGCCAGGUCGAACCUGCUGCCGAGCAAGCACCAGGUUUUGAACAUGACGAUAGUACCAUUACGUAUGAGCUUUACCGCUUGGCUUGUCGUAUCCAUGUCAAAGUUCUUAUUUCCUCUGGUACACCCAAUCAAGAUGGGGCUGUGCAAUCUCUAGUGGAAGCUUUUGUGGCCCACUUGCAAACCCUUCCGCCGAACUCGCCUUCACACAGCAUUUUAAGCUGGCCACUUGUAAUAGCAGGGGUCUCUGCAACUGAGAGCAGACACCAGCGUGCUAUAGUCAAUAAAUUGGCGCACAUUUACGAGGGCUUACAGGCUGAGAUCUUUUCAAAAAGUGCGGCAUUCCUGCGGGCAAAAUGGAAGAAAGACAGAGAUUCAAAGCUUGUUCACUCUGAUAUUCCCCCCAGUGCUCAGCUGAAAGUGUCUGGAGGACCUGGCAUAACUGUCCUGUCAUUCUCGCUUGACCGUAACUGGUCAACUAUACGAAGGGGCGUGCUUAAUGUGUCCUAA